AUGGUGGGAUUAGAAAGACUAUCAGAAGAGUGCAUAGCCUGUAUUCUUUCUCUAACCUCCCCAAAAGAUGCUUGCCGAUCAGCCCUCGUCUCCUCUGCGUUUGGAUCCGCCGCUCAAUCUCAAGUUGUUUGGGAGCGUUUUUUACCGUCCGAUCACCGUGACAUCAUCUCCCGAUCUGUUUCUCCCGUCACCUUCACCUCUAAGAUGGAACUCUACUUUCGUCUCUGUGAUUCUCCCAUCUUCCUCGACGAUGGUAAUCUGAGUUUUGCAAUAGAUAAAUUGAGUGGCAAGAAAUGUUUUACGCUGGGAGCCAGACGUGUACUCAUAGCCUGGGGAGACACCCCAGCUUACUGGGAGUGGAUUUCUGUGCCUCAUUCCAGAUUUGCUGAGGUGGCUUAUCUACGCUCUGUCUGUUGGCUUGAGAUUUAUGGUAGAAUGGAGAUGCGAUCCCUGUCUCCAAACACAGCUUAUGCUGGACACUUGGUUUACAUGUUCUCCGACGAAGCCACUAAUUACGCAGGAACUGGACAGAAUUAUUAUGAAACCUUUCCGGUCAAGCUUUCAGUUAAAUUUUUCGUAACUGAAGGAACUUUGAUUGAAGCUCAUGACGAAGAGGAUGCAGAGUUGUUGAUAUCCACAAGAAUGCCUGCUGCCGGUGCAUCAUCAAUGGAUAAUAGUUUUGGAAAGCGGCAACAUUUUCCAAUGGAAAGAAACGAUGGCUGGAUGGAGAUUAAGAUAGGAGAGUUUAAUUGUGGCCAAAGUGAUGAUGACUGUUGCUUGGUUGAGGUGGGUGUCAAGGAGAUUGAAUCAGGGAUUUGGAAGUUUGGACUUGUUAUCCAUGGCAUUGAGAUUAGGCCGACUCAACCGAAACCCAACUAA